GAGAAACCAGUUCCACUGCAAUCACAACUUCAUAUAUUCCUCCGGCUAAAGUCACAAUUUGAGUACGGUGUCCUGUUUUGAGUCAUCAUGGACUAUUUUAAAGGUUUUCAGACGGUACUUGCCAUGUAUUUUCUAGCAUGCAUUUAUGGAGACAUCAUGAAAAUAGACACCACCGGAGCCUCUGAGGUGACAGCAAAACAGGACAAAUUAACCGUAAAGGGUGUCGAGGCCUCCCAAAAACUGUCUGAGCAUGAUCUGGCCCGAAUGGAGCAAUACAAGAGAAAGAUCCUCAAAGUUGGCGGAGCAAAGCAGAUGGACCCGGCUGUGAUUGCUGCCAUCAUUUCCAGAGAGUCCAGAGCCGGAGCCGCUCUGAAGGAUGGAUGGGGCGACCAUGGCAAUGGCUUUGGCCUCAUGCAGGUUGACAAACGUUACCACAAGCUGGUAGGUACAUGGGACAGUGAAGAACAUCUGACACAAGCGACUGAGAUACUCACUGGCUUCAUUAAUGACGUCAGAGCAAAGUUUCCCCAGUGGACAAAAGAGCAAUGCUUUAAAGGGGGAAUCUCGGCCUACAACGCAGGAGUGAAGAACGUCCGUACGUACGAGCGCAUGGAUGUGGGCACCACCGGCCGCGAUUACUCCAAUGAUGUUGUUGCCAGAGCCCAGUGGUUCAAAACCAAGGGUUACUGAAAAAAAAACGUCCCUAAUUUUACAUUUGCUCACUGUUCGCUGUUCUGUAUUGUGUUUUGUAUUUGUUUGGAUGCAAUAAAGCUCAUUUGUUCGCUCA